UUCAACAGCAUGAUCUCAGUAUUCAAGAUUUUUAUGCUGCCAUGUCGGAUUUGUGGGAUCAAUUGGCACUUACUGAAUCUGCAGAGUUAAAAGGUUUUGGGCCGUACAUUGCUAGACGGGAAGAGCAACGCUUGGUUCAGUUUUUGAUGGCACUACGUUCUGACUUUGAGGGCCUACGUGGAACAAUCCUUCAUCGAUCUCCCCUCCCUACUGUUGAUUCUGUGGUUCAUGAACUGAUUGCAGAGGAGACUCGUAUCAAGUCUCAAGUGGAUAAAGGGUCUAAAGUAACUACUACUCCUGUCGUGUUUGCUGCUUCAACUGAUCAGUCUAGGCCACCACGUACUCAGACUCGACAAUCUCCUAACGUUGCAUUUGAUGAGUGUGCAUUCUGCAAACAGAAAAAUCAUUGGAAGGCUCAGUGUCCGUUGUUACUUAACAAGGUCAAACAGCCUCAAUCUGGGCAGCAACAGAAAUAUGGGCAGCAAAAGUCUCCGUCACGCUCCUCUGGUGCUCCUCCAUGGCCAUCUCGUCCUCCACAGUUCGCUGCUGCUGCUCCAUCUGUAGAUGUUGAGUCUGUUAGCACUAUGCCACCUUCUGCGUUGGAUCCCCAGGUUUUCGAACAGUUCAGACAGUUCUUCGUUUCUAAUCCUACGGCCAUGUCAGCAUCUAUGUCUCAUUCGGGUUCAGUUUCUUCUAGUACCUCAGGACCAACACACUCAGAGGGUGAUUGGGACCGGCCAUAGGUUGGGGGAACUCUAUGUCUUGGAGAAUCUCAAAGUGUCUGCAGUUGCUGCCUCUAGCAUAGAUUUAUCUUCUUUUCAUUUGAGUCCUUUGUCUUCUCAGUUUUAUCUUUGGCAUUCCAGAUUAGGACAUGUGUCAGUUUCACGUUUACGUUUUUUGGUCUCUAGUGGUGCUUUGGGUCAUGUGAACACUAGUGAUAUUUCAGAUUGUAGUGGUUGUAAACUGGCAAAAUUUUCUGCCUUACCGUUUAAUAAAAGUGUGUCUUAUUCUGUUGCU